UCUUUCAUUUCAGAUAUGGUGCUUCUAGUUUGGGCGCAAAACAGCGUUCAUGUUUCGAUAGUGAACUUCCGAACAAGUGUAUUGUAGUCAAGUUGAUGCGGAUGAUGCGUGAUGCAUUGAUGCGUUGCUGUUUGUGACAAAGUUUGUAAUGGACUGAGGCAUCAUCAGAUAGCCUAAGCACACUAAUAGGUGUGGUUUGAGUUUUUGAAGAAUGAGAGGUGCAGUGCUCGCUGCUCUGGUGGUGUUGGCCGUGUGCGGCAGCUGCGUCGGUCUGCGCCGUCACGACGUCCACGGCCUCCUACUGCCACCACCGAACGUCCACAAUGCCCCGCUGCCACCAGACCAGUGGUUCACCCAGAAGCUGGACCACUCCCAGCCCAGUGACCUGCGCACCUGGCAACAGCGCUACUUCACGAACGACUCGUUCUACAAGCCGGGCGGGCCGGUGUUCCUGAUGAUCGGCGGCGAGGGCAAGGCCAGCCCCAUCUGGAUGGUGGCCGGUCAGUGGAUCGAGUACGCCAGGCAGCACAACGCCCUCUGCUUCCUGCUCGAGCACCGCUUCUACGGGAAGAGCCACCCCACCGAGGACAUGAACAUCAAGAACCUGCGCUUUCUGAGCUCUGAGCAGGCGCUGGCCGACCUGGCCGCCUUCUCGGCCGCCAUGAACGUGCAGCACGGCCUCGACGCCAGCACGCGCUGGGUGGCGUUCGGCGGCUCGUACCCGGGCAGCCUGGCCGCCUGGUACCGGCUCAAGUACCCGCACAUGGUGCACGCGGCCGUCUCGAGCAGCGCGCCGCUGCACGCCCAGACCAACUUCUACGAGUUCCUGUCGGUGGUCUCUGACGCGCUGCGCUCGGAGUCCGGCCAGGAGUGCUACAGCGGCGUGGCGGCCGCCUUCUCUGAGCUGGAGCAGCGCAUCGGCGGCGGCAACGCCGGCCAGCUCACCAAACAGUUCCAACUGUGUGCGCCGCUGAACGUCUCGGCGCCGGAGGACGUAUCCAGUCUGGUCUCCAGCCUGGCCGACCUCUUCGAGGGCACCGUCCAGUACAACAAGGACAACCGCGCCUUCGAGGGCGCCAAGGACGCCAACAUCACCGUCACCACGCUCUGCGACAUCAUGACCAGCGGGCGGGGCGGCGCGCUGGACCGGCUGGCCGAGGUCAACAGCCUGCUGAUGACAGCCCAUGGUGACAAGUGCCUGGACUACACCUACGAGUCGGCCAUGAAGAAGAUGCGAGAGGAGAGCUUCGACAGCCCCGACAACAACGGCAUGCGCCAGUGGAUCUACCAGACGUGUUCAGAGUUUGGCUGGUACCAGACGUCCGACUUCGUCCGGCAGCCGUUCGGCCACCGCUUUCCGCUCGCCUUCUCCGUGCAGCAGUGUGUGGACGCCUACGGCCCCAAGUUCAACAAGGCGUUCAUCGAGGCGGCUGUGGCGGCGACGAACGUGCGCUACGGCGGCCGCGGGCUGCGCGUGCGGCGCGUGGUGUUCAUCAACGGCAGCAUCGAUCCUUGGCACGCCAUGGGGCGGACGGCCACCCGCCACCGGCACACGCCCGUCAUCUACAUCAACGGCACGGCCCACUGCGCCAACAUGUACCCGGCGCGCGCCUCGGACCUGGCCGAGCUGACGGCGGCCCGGCGCAGAGUGGGCCGCCUCAUCACCGCCUGGCUACGCGAGAGCCGGCAGUGACGUCACUGGAGCCCAGCCGGACGACGACUGGGCGGCGAGUCACCUCGCGACCGCUGACUGGUGACGUCACUGGAGCCCAACCGGACGACGACUGGGCGGCGAGUCACCUCGCGACCGCUGACUGGUGACGUCACUGGAGCCCAGCCGGACGACGACUGGGCGGCGAGUCACCUCGCGACCGCUGACUGGUGACGUCACUGGAGCCCAACCGGACGACGGCCGGACAUCUGGUCACCUCUUGACCGUGGGCCGGUGACGUCACUGGAGCCCAGCCGGACGACGACUGGACGGCAGGUCACCUCUUGACCGUGGGCCAGUGACGUCACUGGAGCCCAGCCGGACGACGACUGGGCGGCGGGUCACCUCUUGACCGUGGGCCAGUGACGUCACUGGAGUCCAGCCGGACGACGACCGGACAUCUGGCCACCUCUUGACCGCUGACUAGUGACGUCACUGGAGCCCAACCGGACGACGACCGGACGGUUGGUCACCUUGGUGACCGUUGAUCAGCGACGCUACCAGCGUGCGGCCGGUUUGGAAGUGUGGACAGUGGUAUCGCAGCCACAAGGAGCUUAUAAGUUUCUGGCCAGUCCGUAUAAAUGGUCGCUGCUUGGAUAUUGUACUCUCGGGUAUACACCUUGCUUUCCUUUAAGGCAAGUUAUAGACGUAUCUGUGCGCCAUUUAUGCUAGGUCAAGCCUCAAUAUGGCUGUUGAAACCCAGGGAAUGUCCGAGGUGCUCAAUAUUCAAUAGCUUGUUGCCCGCUUUGCAGUAUGACUGUGCUGCCAUUACUCAUAAUAUGGUUAUGCUGUUCACUGCGACGUUUUAAGACAGCUGUAAAUUUGCCUGGUUCCGUAACCUGAGAUCAUGAUGGAGGGUCAUAUGCCACGCCAUUUUUGUACUCGCUGGGCACCUUUGAGCACGAGCCUGUGUUUCUCAAUACUCGAAAUGCCUGAAGCUGUCGCUCGAUUCACCAUCGCGGGGCACGAGCAAUCGUAUCAGCCAAGUGCACGUACCAUUUGGCCUAUCUACUAUAGAUCAUGACAAGCGGAUACAUGGAUGUGUAAUCGGCUUUAUGCAUCGAAGGUUCAAAAUGUGGAAUGCCUAUCACGCUGUCAUUGUCGUGUUCUUCCUCGCGGAGAUGCCUUUGGCGUACGACGGGAACGUAUGUCAGUAGCCUGUGCCUUCCAGUUGUCCCACGCGCCAGGGGUCAUCGAAGUACAGCCUUUCCUCGUGACCUGGCCGUGAGACAGAUCCUGUUUAUGCAUCGAGAUGUGCACCCUCUUUGCCGGAAGUUGGCUGUGCUAUAAAAGGAGUUGUACUCAGAUGUUCUCCGCUAUGAGAGCACCAUGGAAGCCCGCUCGUACAAGUGCCAAAUAUACAGUACUCGGUUUU